CCAUUUAUAAACACACAUUAGAAAAACCAAGAAGGUUUUUCUUUCCCUAUAUGUAAAACUCUUAGUUUGAAAGAUUGGGCAGGGCUCAUUAGUAGAGAUCCAAAAGCAAGUUGUGUCUAUAUCUUAUGCAACAACCUAAAUUCCAUAGCAGAUGAUGUCACCUAUAAAUGCCCUAUAAAUGGAGCAAGGCUUCAGGUGCACCUGAACAAUUUAACUGCAUCGAUACCCACUGCUACAAACAUGGCUGUCUCAGUGCUACGGCUGACAACUGUUUGGGGACUGCUUGUCUUAAUCCUGACUUGCCAAACCUAUGACAAACCAGAUAGCAAGCCAGAUGACAAGCCAGACGUCUCAAGCAAAAGCCUAGAAUCAGCCUUUCCAAAAUUCCUAAACCUCUUGGGCUCGGAUAUCAUUGAGAAUGCAGUGGAGUUCAUCAUCUGCUCCAUGAUGAGGAGCAAAGGAUAUAUGGAAUGUGAUGAUAAACAAGAAGAACAUUCAUCAAAGUGACUUCAACCAGAUGUGCAUCCUCAGUGGCAAUUGGUGUGGUUCUUGCCCACUUGGUCAUAAAGGAUUGAACCAUUGUCAAACCUGACCCAACUGAGCCAAGAAGAUUCUCCCAGAAUUAUUUAAUGUGGACAGUAAGACAAGACUGAAAUCAUAAAGCACAAGGACAAUUAUGGCAGCACUCUAGUCUAGAUAGGAGGGAAGCUCAAGAGGGAGGGAUAUGGGGAAUAUGUAUACUUAGAGCUGAUUCACUUUGUUGUACACAGAAACUAACACAACAUUGUAAAGUAAUUACACUAAAAUAAAGAUAUUU